AGGACAAGUAAUGAUAGAUCAAGAUGCAUCAACAACAAUUUUUGUCUGCCAAUUGGAAUGGUUCAUUACAGAUGAUUCAAGGCUAAACAAUCUUUGUAUAAAAUUUUAUUUACUUGAAACACUUAGUAUUUGAAUUACGAUGCUUUUUGAAGGCUGCUGUGUUAACCAAACUUUACUUAAAUUUUUUUAUGGAUUAGUGGCUCUAUUUGUGGUCAAUUAUGUUAUUAAAUUUGUUAUAAGAGUUCGUGCCUUACCCCCUGGACCAUGGGGACUACCGAUCGUUGGGUACUUACCCUUCAUUGGACAAAAUGCUUACAAUCAGAUGACUGAGUUGGCAGCAAAAUAUGGACCAGUUUUCAGUUUCAAGUGUGGCCAGUUUGAUGUUGUUGUCAUCAAUCAAUGGAAGUUUAUUAAAGAAGCUUUGGCAAAUGAACACUUACUUGGUCGACCUAAAGAGACUUUUUUGCCUGGUAUAGCCGAAGUCUCUUCAUUAGUCGAAAUGUCCGGUGAACAAUGGAAGGAACAGAGGCGAGUUGCGUUAACUACACUUCGAGAUGUUGGCUUAGGAAAGAGUGAAAUGGAAGAUUCGAUUAGAGACGAAGUCAAAUCAUUUACCAAAUUAAUCAAAUCUUUUGAAGGAAAACCAAUAUCAAUAUCGGAUAGACUAUCCUUGAGUGUUUCAAACAAUAUAUCAAAGCUCGUAUUUGGACACAAAUAUGCUUAUGAUGAUCCUGUGUCUCUGGAUAUGGAAAGUUUGAUUGCGAAAUUUAAUGGUCUGUUUCCGUAUUUCGGCGCUGGGAAAUUUUUGCCCACCAUCGCAAUCUUAAUGGUCAAAUUUAAGCUUUUUAGUUUGGCAAAAAUUGAGUCUUUGUACAAAAAAUUCAUUGUUCAUAUUCUUAAUGAAGUUAAUGAACAUCGAAAUCGAGAUGCUGAAGACAACCAAAUAAAAGAUUACAUCGAUGGAUUCCUCGUCGAAAUGUCCAAAAGACAAAACGAAAAGGAUUCAAAUUUCAAUUUAGAUGUUUUAGAACGAAAUGUAGCCAUAUUUUACUUCGCUGGAUCGGACACCAUUUCAAAUACUCUCAAAUGGAUGAUGUUGUAUCUGGUCAAGUAUCCUGAAUACCAGAUUAAGCUACGAGAUGAAAUUAAACAAACUAUUGGAUUGAAUAGACAACCAGAAAAUAUCGAUCGACAACAAAUGCCUUUAACAAUGGCUUUCAUUUACGAAACCUUGCGAUUCUCUUCAAUAGUCCCACUUAAUUUGUUAAGAAGAGCAACUGAAGAUACCAAAGUCGGAGGCUAUUCAAUACCCAAAGACAGUCUUGUUAUAUUUAAUUUCUGGUCAGUCCAUUAUGAUCCAGAUUUAUGGGAUAAUCCUGAAUUAUUCAAGCCUGAAAGAUUCCUCAAUGAAGAUAAAUCUAAAGCUAUUAAACCUCCUUAUUUGAUCGCAUUCAGUAGCGGAAAAAGAGUUUGUCCUGGAGAGAGUUUUGCAUAUCUUCAGUUAUUCUUGUAUCUGGUAUCCUUUUUACAGCAAUUUGAGAUCGCAGCUGAACCAGGUAAAGAUGUUUCAUUGGAAGGAGUUCAUCUUUUCCUUAAGAAACAAAAAAGUUUACAAAAUUUUAUUUUCAAGAGCAUCGAUUAAAAAUAAUGAUUUCACGCUUUUUUACUUUUUUAAACUGUGUUAUUGUUAACCCUGUUGAUCACGCUGUCUAACUGUUUGUUUCUCUUAUAACAAAAAUUUAAAUCGCCCACCAACAUACAGAAUUAUCGAGCUGUUCAUCAUGAGUUGCCUGAAAAAUGUCUUGUAAAUUUUAAUGGCUUAUCGUGAAUUAUGAAUAAAAUUACUUUGCAGAAUGUAGUUAACAGUUGGUGGUGCCUUUGCACCGACUGAUUGACCAGAAGCGUAACCCACAUUUUUAUGCCUAA